AUGCGUACACUUCCCGUUCUCAGUAUCGAGACACGAGACGCGAUUACAAAGAGUAAAGACGGUCAAAGCUCCAAUUUUUCGUCUCCUCUUCCUCCAUGUCCAGAAGAUCCUCCAGCACCACCUCCUCCAUCAUUUACACCGCCUAAAUACCGUCCAUUGGAGGAUAAUGAGGACGAUACACGCAGCGUAGAGAGCGCAGACGAGCCCAUGGAGCCACAAAACUUUCCGACACCUCCUCCUCCACCUUCUCCUCCUGUAAUAUCUCCAAUGGGUACACCCCCUCCUCCGCCACCUCCUCCAUUUUCCCCUCCCAGUACCAAGAUCACUUUAGAUUUGUCAGGAACUUUGGACAACGCCAUACAGGCCACGAAAGAGACGGAAGCAUCUCGUUUAUUACCUGAAAAGAGAGAAGAAAGUGAUGGAGAAGAUGGGGAUGAUGAACGAGAAGAGAUAUUGCAACCAGCGGACUUGACGACGCUCGCUGAUACCUCGUCGUCCUCGGUGAUUGCGUCCAUGAGAAGUGCAGUGGGAGAGAAGGAGAUUAUGGCGACGGACUUUGUACGAGAAGUGCCAGUCAAGAAACCACGAUUUUAUAUCGGAGACAUCGACAACUACAGCAUCAUUGACAAGGUCGGAUCUGGAACUUAUGGUGAAGUGUUCAAGUGCCAGCAUAAAGUGACAAAGGAUAUUGUGGCACUAAAAAAGCUAAGACCGGACGUGGAAAAGAACGGGUUUCCGGUUACUUCCAUUCGCGAGAUGAAGAUCCUCAAGUACCUUAGGCAUCCGAAUAUCGUGGAACUGAAGGAGAUUGUAUCGUCCAGUGCCCCGCCUAAAGAAGGCAAGAGGCCGCCUUUGUACUUUGCGUUCGAGUACAUGGAGCACGACCUCUCAGGACUGCUGAAUCACCCGCGUGUAAAGUUUACUCGUACGCAGAUUCAAUGCUAUAUGCGUCAGUUGCUCACAGGCAUCGCGUUCAUGCACCGCAACAAGAUUAUUCAUCGAGAUAUAAAAGCAUCGAAUCUGCUGCUCAAUAAUCAGGGAUUGCUCAAAGUGGGAGAUUUUGGCCUCUCUAGGUUUUGGAACGAAGUGAACGCCAAGGCUGGACGAUACACAAAUAAGGUGGUCACGCUUUGGUAUCGACCACCGGAGCUGCUGUUAGGCUCAACGUCGUACGAUUUUUCGGUGGAUGUCUGGUCUAUUGGUUGCAUCUUUGGCGAGCUGCUACUGGGAAAACCCAUUUUACAGGGAAAGACUGAGAUCGAACAGCUCCAAUUAACAUUUGGGUUUUGCGGGAUGCCGACGGAGGAAACUUGGCCUGGGUUCUUUAAAAUGUCAGGAGCUGAAAACUUUCAGAUGGAUGAUAAAUUCGUAUGUCCAUUGCGUGAAAGGUUCAAAAACUUUCCACCGCACGCCGUGGAUUUGUUGGAAAAGCUGCUGCACUUGGAUCCUGCUAAACGAAUCACAGCCGCAGAUGCUAUGGACCACGACUACUUUUGGCGUGUGCAAACAUGUACGCCGCGAGAUCUGCCAAAAUUCUGCGUAUCAUCUACACAUGAGUAUCAGUCGAAGAAGCGUCACCACGAAGAGAUGGUGGCAGCUGCCGCAAUGAACAGUAGCAACACGAAAAAUAGUGGUCAGCCCCGCAACGUGCGUCAACGAGGCGAGCGCAGCGGAUUCCGUGAACGCAACGAUCACUACCGCAGCGAAGCUCAUCACCAGAGCCGCUCAGACCGCGGUCGAUCCUACCGUCCAAGCCGCCCCAACAACGACUAUUACGAUCGUAACCGUAAUCGCAGCCGCAGUCGGAGCCGAAGCCAGGAGCGCCGUCGCGACCGAAAUAGCCGCGACCGUGAAUACGAGCGCUAA